GUCAUAUUUCUCAUUGCAAGCAUUUGUGCUAAAACUUAUAGAUCAUGAUGUUGUUUGUUAUUUGUAUCGCUGUUAGUAUUGCAACGGUUUAUUCUGCUAAUGAUGCUGUUGCAUUCACAAAAGGUCUUGCUUCACAUUCACACUUGACAAAAGGCGAAAUCAUACCAUUUGACAGAAAUAUUACAGUGAUCAACGCCGUCUUCACCGGUGACGGAAAGUUUCAAGUACAAACUCCGGGCAUUUAUUCUUUCCAUUUCCACGCACUUAGCAGGAAUGACGAGGAAAUAUGGAUGGACCUCUAUAAAAACAAAGAAUAUAUCGUAUCAAUAUAUGCGUAUACCUUUAAUGACUGGUCAGAUGGAGGUAACACCGUUAUCCUAGAACUACAAAAGGGGGAUCUUAUUUUUGUGAAGGCCGUUGAUGAUUACAAUAACUGGAUUUAUGGUGCUGCUGAUGAAGUUUAUACAACAUUCAGUGGCGAACUGGUGGUUCCUGAAACGACAGCUGCUUCGUCAGACAAAAUAGCGUUUUGCGUUUCUCUAACCCACAAUGUGACUUUAAAUGGUGAUCGUGUUAUCUAUGAUAAAAUAUUUACCAAUGUCGGAAAUGGCUAUGAUCCAAAUACGGGAGUGUUUACAGUAUCAGUAACAGGACUUUAUAUGAUUCAUUACCAUGCGCUUGCGGAACUUGGAGAGACAAUGUGGUUGGACUUGUAUCAUAAUGAUAAGUACAUAAAUUCUGCUUUUGGAGCGGCACCUAGUACGUAUGCAGAUCAUGGUAACAGUGCAAUUUUAGAUCUGCACGCUGGAGAUAAAAUUUCAGUGAAUGGAAAACCCGGAAAUACAGUCAUAAUAUAUGGAGAUGCAUCAGAUGAACAACUGUAUGCGACCUUUUCUGCUUUUCUGAUUUCGCCUGCUCUACAUGGUGCACCUGCAUCAGUAGGCACCAAUAGACAAGUUCCGGCUUUCUCCGUUGGACUAACCCGAGAUGUAGAUAGCACCCAAACUGGAUUGACGACAAAUAACGUGAUAUUUGACAGAGUAUGGACAAACCAGGGCGGAGUUUUUAAUAUGGCAACAGGAGUAUUUACAGCUAAAAUUCAUGGCGUCUACGUUUUUCAUUACCAUGCUCUCUCUGAUAAAAAUACUGAGGUACUAAUAGACCUUUAUCAUAAAGAUAAAUACAUUGACUCACUGUAUGGUCAUCAUUCUAAUGGAUGGGCAGGCGGCAGCAACUCGGCUACUCUCGAACUAUCAGUCGACGACACUGUACAUUUAGAUAUGGCUGUUAACUCUACAACGGCAAUGUCCGGAGCUCCAAAUGACAUUUAUACCACAUUUUCGGGAUACCUCUUGUCACCAAUUACAAACUGAAGCAGUAUAUUCUUAAAAAGGAAAGCUUGAUAUAUCUUCGUUUCACUUUGUAAGAUUGAUAAAGGAUUAUUUGUU